AUGACGUCAGUUGCUUGGUUUUGUUCAUCGUUUGAAUCGUCGAGUAAUUCCGAGCAAACAGCAACGGACCAUAGGGAAAAGGCGUAUGCUUCACGUAAUACAAUCAUUGAUUAUGAAGAAAUUGAGAUGCCUGCCGAAGUAGCAUUUUGCAAUCCGCAUAAAGAGAAAUCUACUCAUUCUCUAAUCGAUCGAUUUCCGCUUCAAAAUGUCGAACAGUUAGCUGUAAAUCCGAAAAAGAUUGACGAGCUGAGACGUUGGAUGCAAAAGAAAGAAGGACGGUGUCGAGAAUGCAAGUUACUUCUGCUCACCGGACCUACCGGUAGUGGUAAAACAAUAGCUGUAAAAAUGUUAUGUCGCGAGCUAAACCUUGAAUUAAUCGAAUGGAAUUGUUCCGAAUUCUACAAUGUAUUUUACGAUCCGGAAGGAGAGGAAGUUGUUUAUGAGGAAAAUCAGGUCCGGAAAUUUGCCGAAUUUUUGAAGUCAUCGGAUCGUGGAUCUCUUGAAAAAUCAGUUUUACAGAAAGUUAUACUUGUCGAGCAACUUCCGAAUAUUUUUUAUCAAGAUCCAUCGAUAUUACAUGCAACACUAAGGAACACCAUCAAGAACACGGUUUGUAUGUACAUAUUUAUUAUGAGUGAUGUUGAUUCCUGUUGGUAUUUAAGCCCAAAACGUAUACUGCCUACAAAUAUUCGCUGUCAGCUAGGCUUUGAGGAAUUAGCUUUCAAUGCUUCUGCAAUCAUUUUCUUAUCGAAAGCACUACGAAGGAUUACUUCUCUGUUGAAAGUUAACGUAUCACCGUUACAAAUUAAAAGAAUUGCCGAGAAUUCCAAUGGUUGGUAUUUAAAUGUUGUAUUGCAAUUAUCUUGA